CGUUUAGCUCCUUGGAUGGACCGGCCGGGCCGCGCCAAAAGGGCGCAGCACGUCGGAGUAGCUAGAGUCUGGUCGGUGACGGAGAGCUACGCCGGCGAUCGCCCUUGGAUGCCCGCCCCCAACCACAUUUUCCACCUCCCAUUUACUCCGCCCCGCGCCACCGGAGCGCUAUAUCUAGCUAGUGGGCGGCACUGGCUUCUCCAACCAACUCGGGCAGUGCUCGAUCGUCGACCACCUCGUCGGGGCCUCGCGCAUUUAUUUAUCCCCACGUCCGUGUCCAUGCAACAGCCGACGAGCCGCGCCACCACCGCCGCCGGCCAGCUUCUUCACGCCGCCGCGAUGGAGGAAGCGGCCUCGUUGCUCUCCGUCCUGCAGCUCGCCUUCACGGCGGCGGUGGCGACUGCCGCGCUGGCCGUCGCCGUCGCCGCCGCGAGGUACAACCGGCGGUACCGGGGCCUCAGGCUGCCCCCCGGCCCCCCCGGGUGGCCCGUCGUCGGCAACCUCCUCCAGGUGGCCUUCUCUGGCAAGCUCUUCAUCCACCACAUCCGCGACCUCCGGCGGGAGUACGGGCCCAUCCUGACGCUGCGCAUGGGGGAGCGCACGCUGGUGAUCAUCAGCAGCGCGGAGCUGGCGCACGAGGCGCUGGUCGAGAAGGGCCAGGAGUUCGCGAGCCGGCCCCGGGAGAACACGACGCGCAACAUCUUCUCCUCCAACAAGUUCACCGUCAACUCGGCGGUGUACGGGCCCGAGUGGCGGUCGCUGCGGCGGAACAUGGUGUCCGGGAUGCUGAGCACGUCGCGGCUCCGGGAGUUCCGGCCCGCGCGGGCGCGCGCCAUGGACCGGUUCGUGGCGCGGAUGCGCGCCGAGGCCGCGGCGUCCCCCGACGGCGCGUCCGUGUGGGUGCUCCGGAACGCGCGCUUCGCGGUGUUCUGCAUCCUGUUGGACAUGACCUUCGGCCUGCUGGACCUCCCCGAGGAGCACAUCGUGCGCAUCGACGCCGUCAUGAAGCGCGUGCUGCUCGCCGUCGGCGUGCGCAUGGACGACUACCUCCCGUUCCUCCGCCCCUUCUUCUGGCGGCACCAGCGCCGCGCCCUCGCCGUCCGCCGCGAGCAGGUGGACACCCUGCUCCCGCUCAUCGACAGGCGCCGCUCCAUCCUCCGCGGCGCGGCGUCGUCCCCGCCGGACCCCACCGUCGCCGCGCCCUUCUCGUACCUCGACUCCCUGCUCGACCUCCGCGUCGAGGGCCGCGGCGGCGCCGCGCCCACCGACGACGAGCUGGUCACGCUCUGCGCGGAGCUCAUCAACGGCGGGACCGACACCACGGCCACCGCGAUCGAGUGGGGCAUGGCGCGCAUCGUGGACAACCCGGCCAUCCAGGCCCGGCUCCACGAGGAGAUCGCGCGGCAGGUCGGCGGCGCGCGGCCCGUCGACGACAGGGACACGGAGGCCAUGCCGUACCUGCAGGCCUUCGUGAAGGAGCUCCUCCGGAAGCACCCGCCGACCUACUUCUCGCUGACCCACGCCGCCGCCCGGCCCGGGUGCAAGCUCGCCGGGUACGACGUCCCCGCGGACGCGAACCUGGACAUCUUCCUGCCGGCCAUCUCCGAGGACCCCAAGCUGUGGGAGCGGCCGGCGGAGUUCGACCCGGAGCGGUUCCUGUCCGGCGGCGAGGCGGCGGACAUGACGGGGUCGGCGGGGAUCCGGAUGAUCCCGUUCGGCGCGGGGCGGAGGAUCUGCCCCGGGCUGGCCAUGGGCACCACGCACAUCGCGCUGAUGGUGGCGCGGAUGGUGCAGGCGUUCGAGUGGCGCGCGCACCCGUCGCAGCCGCCGCCGGACUUCAAGGACAAGGUGGAGUUCACGGUGGUGAUGGACCGCCCGCUGCUCGCCGCCGUCAGGCCCCGGAGCCUCUCCUUCUGAUCGAUCGGAUCGCCCGUGUGCCCGCGCGGCGAGCUGCACAUGCAUGCAUGAAUGGCCGCGGGCUGCAUGCAGCCUUGAUUUCCGAUCAGGACGCGUGGCGUAUGGGUACUUGCGAGCUAUAGCUGCUCUCUCCUACCAGCCAUACUACCAGUAGUGUGUGUGCGUCUCUGAGCUUGCCGUGUGUUGCGUGUGUAGUGUAGCAUGUUAAAACGAAAUGCUACACGUUUGCAUGUGCGAGUUUAUAGAAACUAGUAUAGUUCACUAUGUAUAAUAACGAACCCUUUUUAUCCCCUGAAUUUCCAAAUUAAAGUAUACGCGUCGUUUGUUGACCA